AUGUUCAUGCCCGGUCCCCGUAAGAGCGCCCAGCGCUCCAAUUCGCAAUCCUCUCUCACAUCUGCCUCGUCCUCGUCUUCUUCCACAAUCUCUCAAGCCUCUACCCCCUCUCAAACUUCGCCCUCCAAUCAAGACCCCACCUCAUGGACCACGCGCAAGAAGAGCUCAAGAGGCAUCUGGCCAUCAGGAAAAGCAGAACCUACCGCCGGCAUUUCCACCACCCGUCCUCAGCCUGUUUCCUCGACUUCGUCUGGUCCCUCUGCCGCAUCUGCAAUCUCUGCUCUCCACGGCCCAAUGUUGCCUUCACAGCAAAUGUCCACCGCUCAGAACGGCUCGCUGCGAGGUGCUCAACCCCCUUCCGACACGCCCGCCAUUCUUCACCUCUCCCCUAUGAAUGGCACCUUCGAACGCAAGACCAUCAGCGUCCCCUUCUUCCCUGAUGUCCUGCGCAUCGGUCGUCAAACCAAUGCCAAAACAGCCCCGACGCCUGCCAACGGCUUUUUCGACUCCAAGGUCCUCUCACGUCAGCAUGCCGAGAUCUAUGCUGAGCGCAACGGAAGAAUCUACAUUCGGGACGUCAAGUCUUCCAACGGUACCUUUGUCAAUGGUCAGAGAUUGUCGCCCGAGAACAAGGAGUCAGAUCCACAUGAACUGCGUGAGCAAGAUGUUCUCGAGCUCGGUAUCGAUAUCGUCAGCGAGGAUCAAAAGACAAUUGUCCACCACAAAGUUGCUGCUCGUGUCGAACAUGCUGGCAUCUACAACCAGAGUGCUGAACUCAACUUUGGGGAGAUGGAUCCUUCUCAUCAGUUGAAGCGCAGUGGCAGCCAAUCUUCACAACAAAGUGCAAAAGCAAAUGCUAUGGCUGCUGUCAUGGCCGCCAGAGAUUCGGGUGGCAUGCAACAACCUCAGUGGGCUCGUGGCUGGCCUUCCACUGUGACCACCGAGACGAUUGUCAAACGUCUGAACCGCGAGCUGAGCCUUGCUAAGAAGCAAUCCUCGGACCUGGCUCGAAGCAAAUCUUGCCUUGAAGGCUUGUUGGCUGCCGACUCGAAGGGCAAGCAAGACAAAUCAGCGAAAUCUUCACCUGUCAAGCAAGCGAAUGCCGACACCAAACCAUCCGUCAUCUUUUCCGAACCUCCUGCUCCACCACCUCAAGCUCCGCUUCCCGAAAAACCAGAUGUUGCAAAGGCUCUUGCCGACCCCGUCAUCCAACCACUUCUCAUGCGUUCAGAGACUGCUCGUCCUAUUCUGGCUCCCAACGGUUCUCCCACUCGAGCCGACCACUCACAAGCCCUUCUUAUCCUCACACACGAACUGAAACUUGCCAAGGAUCAGAUUCCCAGCCUCGAAGAUCGCGUCAAGAAUUUGGAAGAGGCGCUCAAGCAAGAGCGCAAUGCUCGCGAAAGUGCCGAAGAAAGAGCUUCACUACUGGAGUCAUCUAAGAAGGCUCCUGAAGGCCAAGUAGGCGCUUCUGGCUCUGAACAGCAAGACCAGGCCGACAAGAACGAUGAGUCUUCGAAGGAUGGCACUCCUGAAUUGCAAUCACAGCUUGACAGGCUUCGUGCUGCUAUGGAAGACAUGAAAUCGCAAAUGGAAGCCUAUCGUCGUCGUGCAGAAACAGCAGAAUCUCAGCGUGACAAUGCGCACCAGACGCUUGCUGAGAUGGUUGAGCAGAAGCGCAAGGAGAAUGCAGAAGUUCAGCGUCAGCAAGAGACUCUGCCAUCUCCUCCUAGUUCAUUCUCCCACCCAUCAAGCCCUACGACGUCCUCGAAUGGACACAUUUCGGAACCUGUGGUCGAAGGCAGCUUGUACAGUCUCUUGGCUGAAGCUGGCAUCAACGCAAACGCAGCUUUGUCAUCGGAGCAAGCGGCAUCAAUUCAACAAUUGCUUGCCCGCAAGAUGCCUGUCGCUCAACGAGACACUUCCCAUGAUUCCUCUGACAACCUGAAAGAGCAACUGGUCCAUCAUGGCUUGCCGCUCGGAUCUGGUUUCAUUGUGGUUGUCGUUGGCAUGGCUCUCAUGCACUACUUGGAUGGUUGGGAGAAGCUGCACAGGUGA